AUGCUUGCAAAUCUGCCCGAGGACCUCACCGAUGCAAAAGUUGCAGACCUCCAGAAAGUCUGCAUGUCAUUGGGCGCAUCAAAAACUGGGAAGAAACAGGUGUUGAUUGACCGUAUCAACCGCAUGCUUGAAGUGUACACGCAACAGCUCGAUGAAGAUGAAGCAGCAGAGGAAGAAGCAGAGCAGGUAUUAGACGAAGGCUACGAAGCUGAUGUGGGUGACGAUGAAGAUACCGAAGAGGAGUCGUUCAUCAGAGCUUCGCAGAACGAUGAUCUGAUGGGCGACCUUGAAGGGGAGAGCAGUUCUGAAGGGAACAUGCUGUCGCUGAUUGGCAAGCCGCGGGAGCAGCAGCUAGAGGAGCUGGAAGCGUGGACGGUGAGAGACAUGCGGGCAGCCCUGAACCGGCAGGAAGUCAAGAACAUUGGGGCCAACACCCGUGUCAACCUCAUACCUAAAAUGAUGGCUCUGCUGGAAGAAGAUAAGGUGGAUGCUGCCAUUGAAAGGCAUUCCUUGACAGCCGUGCCUGACUCCGUCCCGUUUUCCUCCGAGGAUGACCUGGAGGAAAACCUGAACCUCCUGACGAUGUCGGACCUGAGGGAUCUGCUGCGGCAGCGUGAACAGCAGGUCAAGGGCACGAAGUCCGAGCUUAUAGAUCGCCUCACACCACUCCUGCUGCGUGAAUCGGCAGUUGCCGAGUUUGUAGCCGGGCUUGGGGCGGCUGAUGUGGAGGCUCAACUGGAGGCCAGGGGCCUGCCCACAGGCAUGGACGAGGCUGCCGCCCGCGCAGCCCUCACCGAGGCCCUCGUUUUGGAGGAGGACUACGACCCUGCGGCUGCGGAGCAGGAGAGGGAGCAGCUGGCGCUGGAGAGGGAGCGGCUGGUGGCGCAGGAGGGGCAGGAGCGGUGGGCGCGCAUCCUGGGGCCCUGCCUGCGAGUGGGGGUCAUCUGCGGGGGGACUGGCGCCAGCCGCGAAGCCUCCCUGCACAGCGCGCGCACCCUGCUGGACCAGCUCGACACCAUUCACCACCUGCAAGCUGCGGCGUGGCACGGCGUUGAGAUGGACCCGGAGCAGUACGGCAUCAACGUGGUGCCCUGCUUCAUUGACUCCAGCGGGCGGACGCACCUGCUCUCGGUGGAGCAGCUGCAGUCGCACUCCGCCGCUGACCUGGACUUCCUGCUCGCCCACACCGACCAAGCCUUCCCCAGCAUGGAGGAGGCGGCAGAGCAGCUGAAGGAGGUGGCGGACGUGAUGGUGCCGAUGGCGACAGGGGACUUGGCAGAGGAGGGCCAGCUGCAGGCGCUGCUGCAGAAGGCUGGCAUGCCCUUUGUGGGCAGCCCCUCUGAGGCCGUGGUCCUGGCCGGCAGUCGAGCAAGGUUAGCGGGGGAGAUGGAGCGGCUGGGCUUCCCGACGCUGCAGCACCUGGCGCUGACGGUGGCCGAUUUCACCGGCGAUGAGGACGUCGUAGAGCUCGCAGGACAGUGGGCGGAUGCGCUGAGCGAGCAGAAGGGGCAGGAGGAAGAGCAGCUGCUGGAGGCGGUGUCGCCGCCCAGAGACGGCCCGGUGUUUUUCAACCCCUUCGGGCGCUCCUCGCCGGCACAGAGCGGAAGCUCACCAGAAGGGGGAGAGGCCAGCACAUCGGGGCAGGGUGCAGGAGAUCAGACGGCGGCCGAGCAAGGGGCGGUGAUAGAUGUUGAAGCGGAGAGCUCGGCGCUGGCGCAGCCGUGGGGCAGGCGGCUGUGGAACUGGGCGCAGGCAGCGGGGCUGGAUGCGCACAGCGGAGUCUUCGUUGCAAAGCCCGGCGGGGUCGGGCGCGGGGAUCGGCCGGGCGCGAACGUGGUCAUGGCGCGCGGCCUGCCCGCUGCCGCGCUGGCCGCCCGAGACCUCAUGGAACAGGGGCACGAGAGUGUGGUGGUGGAGAGGCACAUGGGGGGCGCAGUGAGGGUGAGCGUGGCAGUGGUGGAGGGGCGGGAGGGGCCUAUUGCGCUGCUGCCCUCGCAGGAGGAGCUCAUCUGCCCCGAGGCCACUUUCCUGGACGCCGGGCUGGAGGCCGAGCGGCAAGCCGCUCGCAGAGAGGGUUACAGCGAGGAGCAGAUAGAGGCGGUGUUGGCGGGGCAGCGGGAUGCACUGCUGCAGGAUACACAUGGGAUGAGCUACGCGCAGUGCCUCGAGGAGGACUUCCCCGACACUCGCCUGCGCCAGUCCUGCCCGCCUCGGCUGCCCAAGGAGCUAGUCUGGGGUCUGCGCCAAGGGGCGGCCCGGCUGUUCAAGGCGAGCCAUCUGCUCUCUCCUGAGCUGGGCUUGCGAGACGCGGCGGUGAUCGAGGGCUGGGUGGAACUGCCCAAGGAGGAACCAGCCUCCAGCAGUGCUGACGAUGCUGCAGAGGGGGUGACCGUGCCUGCGCUGGCGCUGCCGUCGCUGCACCACCGGCUGUACCCGCGCACAAAGGCAGUGCUGACGCCGGCCGACCUGGAGAAGGCAGCGCAUGUGCACGAGGACCGAGAUCCCUCCUUCGACAUGCAGGGCGAGUACCUGUCCGAUGGCACCGAGGGGUACAAGCGGAUAUUUGACGAGGCAGAGGCGAAGCUGAAGUGGAAGGAGGCCAUGCUUAGCAUGCCGCCCCCCGAGGUUGAUGACCCCUGCGACCUGCCUGCAGACAGCCUCUGCAGGUGGGACAGCGGCACGAUCAUGUUUGACGCGGUGCAUGCGGCGUUGGACCUCCAGCCGACGGGGCCGCUGUUCGCGCAGGCGGCCGAGGCCGGGCUGAGUCACCAGGCCACUCUGCGCCACGUGAUCUCCUCAGCCGCACGCAGAGCUGGCCUGCCCGCCAUACCCACCCCCUUCGCAGAGUCUAUCCAGCGCACCAUCUUCAUGACGCUGCCUCCCCCCAGGGACUACGAGGGUGAGUUGGAUGCACAGCUGGCCAAGGAUGAGGUCUACACAGAGGAGGGCCUCUUCAACGAGGCACUGGUGGAGAGGCCUGCUUAUGACGAGCCGCCCAAGCGCCAACGGCGGAUUAUGGACCCCAAUGCAACCUUCGUGCCGGUUUGGGCCCACCCCAGGUAUGGCGACCGUCUGGACAUCGGCCUGGAAAGGCAAGUCGACGAGUCCCUGAAGGCCCAAGAGGAGGUGGCCGGUAGCGGCAGGGAAGAGGAGGAGGAGGAGCAGCAGGUGAUGCCGCAGCGGAUCUGGAUUCUGACUGGCGGCGACUCAUCGGAGCGGCGCGAGAGCCUCGCCAGCGGCCUGGCCGCCUGGCUGCGGCUGCGCACUCAGAUCGAGGUGCAGCCGGAGCUGUUUCUGUUGGCGCCGCGCAAUGCCGGUGCAGACCUGGCGGAGCGGAAGGGAACGCUGCUGCAGCGCCGCGCCGAACUGCUCGCCAUGGUGGGUGCCGAGGAAGACCUGCCCGAGGAAUUGCAGGUGCAGAACAUCCGCCGCCCGCCGCUGCGACCGGUGGAGCCGCAUGUGAUGGGCGUCUGGGCAGUGCCCUAUGCGGCUGCGCUGCACGCCACCCCAGAAGACAUCCACGAGGUGUGCGAGCGGGCGCUGAGGGCAGCAAACACGGCGGAUCACCGGAGGGCGGAGGAGGAUGUGGCGGAGGAUGAGCUGCGCAAGUACGUGGCCCAGCAGCUGGUGACUGCCGAGGUGCACGGCGUGGCCGGCACCUGGGGAGGCAACCCCAACCAACUGCCACCCCCGCCCAGGUACAUGGACCUGACCAACUUUGCGAUGGAGGCGGAGGCGGCGCAGGCGGUUGUGCUGCUGGCGCUGCAUGGGGGCAUGGGCGAGAAUGGCACCGUGCAGGCGCUGCUGCAGGGCUACGGCGUUCCCAUUACGGGCCCCUCCUGGGACGCCGCCAGUGUUGCCAUCGAUAAGGCGGCGACGGCGGAGGUGUUGGCUGAGCUGGAGGUGCACAACGUGAGCACGGCGCCCAAGUUCCCCGUCACGCUGCAGCGGCUGCUGGCCGCGGCCGACGAUGAGGAGGAGUGCCACGCGCUGUUCGAGGAGAUGCAGGACGCCAUCGGUGGCUCCAACUCGCUGGUGAUAAAGCCGGCGGCGGACGGCGGCCCGGCAGCGGUGGCGCGGCUUGGCAGCCACACAGACUUGGGAUGGUACGCGUGCGCCGUGGCCGAUCGGGACGCAGCCAUCCCGGCCGGUGUGCUGGAGCAGCCGCCCAGCCGGCAGCAGGCUGGCGCGCCCAUCCCUCUGCCGCUCACCCCGCCCCCCGUCUUCGUCGUUGAGCCCUUUGUCGACACCGAGAGUGUGCGGAUGGUGACCGGGGAGGACGGGCGGCCGAGCAUAGAGUGGACGGGCGACAGCCGAUGGCUCCACGUCAGCAUUGGGCUGCUGGGCCAGGUCGGCACCAUGCGCGCCCUGGGGCCCACCCUCAAGCUCCCAGACCAGACUGGCAUGCAGACAGUGCGGGUGACGCCGCCGCCAGGGGAUUUGGUGCGUGAGGAUGUGCUGGCAGGGGUGCGCGCGCGUGCAGAGAUGGUGGCUGAUGCGCUGGGGCUCAACGGCGCUGCCUCGCUGGAGGCGCUGAUGCAUGCUGAGUCCGCGGACCUGGUGCUCAUUGAGGCCAAUGCCAUCCCCGACAUCUCCCCCGGCUCAGACCUCUUCCAGCAGGCAAUGAUGGACGAGGAGCUGGGCUGCCCGACGCCGGCAGAGCUGCUGAAGGAGCUCAUAGCGUUCUCAAAUUUUGCCGAGCAGCCGGCGCCCGCGGUGGCUGACGACGCCGAGCUGGCGGCAGCUGCUGACAAGGACGCUGGCCUCGCCAGCAGCGGGUGGCAGUACGGUGCCAUGGCAUCUCUCCCGGACGAGGAUUUUGAAGACGAGGAUGCACUGUCCAUAGUGAAUGCCGACCAGUAG